AUGUCGCCGCACGACGCGUCAGACGCGGAUGAACGCGCGUCGACGGCGCGUGACGUCUCUGCUCUAUUGCUCGGUGCCACCGGUGCCGUUGGGAAACACGUCUUGCGAGAGCUCAUUGCCUCGGGAGAGUUCACGCGCGUUGGUGAAUAUGGGAGGCGUGUCACGCCCAUUGAACACCUCGGGCCGAAUGCUCAGGGGAAGCUUGAGCAGAAGACGGUGGAUUUUGAGAAGAUCGAAGAUGCUGGUUUGCGUGAUGGAAAGUGGGAUGUUGUAUUUAUCACUCUCGGAACGACUCGAGCAGCCGCGGGAAGUGCAAAUGCAUUUGAGAAGAUUGACAGAGAAUAUACCAUUAACUCCGCACGUGCGGCCAAGACGGAUGAUCCUUCGCACGAACAACGCCUCGUCUAUGUUUCGUCUAUGGGUGCAAACACCAAUUCACCGUUCUUGUAUUCAAAGAGUAAAGGACUCACUGAGAACGGUCUCGCAGACCUGAAAUACUCCGAUACAAUCGUCUUUCGACCAGGUUUCCUUGCCAAUGCACAGAGGCCGAGUACACGACUAACGGAGUCGCUUGCUGGAUCUAUCAUCGGGUUUGCUUCUAACGUCAUCUCGGGCCUACAGAUUGAUGUCUCCACCCUUGGGAAGGCGAUAGUUCGAUCAGGUUUCCUGGGUUCCGAAAAGCUACCCUCAGUUGCCGAGGCAACGAAGGCAAAGACACCAGGUGGCGCACAGUUCACAAUUAUAGGAAACAGAGGUGCCGAAAAGUUUGCGAACGCUCCGUUGUAGCCCCUAUCCAGUAAACAAGUUUCAAACUCUAAUUCAGCUUGUUCGAAUUCGAAUAUUCUUGUGUAUGUUACUUACGCAUGUCUAACUAAUAUAACGUGCCAUUUACG